CGCUAUGUCGCUGUCUUUAGUGUGUGAUUUGUAUAUUUUUCACAAAAAAACUGUUUUGCACCACAAAAGAACUCACAGACUCUUAAUUUUUCUGCACAACUCAACGUGAUAGCACAGCACUACCUGCAAUUAGAAUCAUGGGCGCCGCAAAAUCUCGUCUGAGAAAAAGGAAGACAGAUGCGGUUGCAGCGCCGUCGCCAUGUCCAACGCUGCCCAGCGCGACGAAGCGCGAGCGGUAUGCGGCGUUAACUGCUCUCCCGCUACUUCCUACACCACUGCGACGAAUAUCAAGUUUCCUCUCACCUUUGAAGCGCCGACAAGAGGAAAUAGAACAAAAAAUCAUCGAGCGCAAGAAGCAGGCGCUGGUGCACGAGCUCGCAUUGGCCGACGGGGUUUUCGACAAUAUGGAGGAGCUCGCCUUCGCCGGUGAUAUCCUGAGUAAAAACGUCCCCACACCAUAGUCAAGAUGGGGAAUCGGCUACACAAAUCCACAAGUUUUGGCUGUUUUGCAUGACAAAUUUGGAUUCGUAGUGUAGUGCUGUUUGAGCUAGCUCAGCAGCAUUACAGAUCUAGCAUACCAUGCUGAUUGGAGCAUGACAAAUUGCAAAACACGACUGGAAAAUGCUUCUCAUGGGGCUCCGCAUGAGAAACAUUUUCAGCAGGCAGAUUUGCAUUACAACUAUAGGGUUGCGAAAAGUUGGUUAGCGGCCGGGAGAUGAUGGUGAUGGCACUUCUGUGUCCGCCUGACCUACCCCCCCUGCGUGUCAAGCCAUCUGCGGCCUGGGGCAGAGGGGGGGGCAAAGUGUGCUGCAAUUCCUUUAGCAUUACAACUAUGGGGUGGGGACGUUUUUAAAUAGGAUAGGCGAUCCCGAUAGUCUUACCGGAGAGCAGCGCGCCAUGGACCUUUUGUGCGUAGAAGAAUGGGGGCAGCGCCUGGACAACUGCCGCUAUCGAGUGCAAAUAUGUGUGGAUCUGGAAGAUUGUCGUGUCUAUUUGCAUGACCCCGGAACCUGAUGCCUCACUGCAUGACCUAGCAUCACAGAUUUCUAGAGUGCUUUGCCUUUUCUGCGCGAGAAGUGCGCUGGUCGCGUAAGUAACGCAAACUGGACUCCUCCUGAUGGUCAUGCAACACAAAUUUUUUCAGAAUCCAGAGACAGCAUCACAAGUUGGAAGCUUUCAGACCCAGACAUAUUUGCAAUGCAGACAAAUCUUAAGCUACACGGCACCAGCGCGAAAUCGGCCGCGGAUCUUCUGAAGGAGGAAUUUCACUUUAACCCGAGAUAUGCCUAUUAUCAAAUGCAAAUAUGUCUGGGUCUGGGAGAUUCCGGGAUUUGUCAUGCUAGUCUGGCAUGACUCUGAGCCCUCUACUGCGUGGCCGCGAAUAGCUCCUGCUCCCUUUCAUGCAAAAACGCAGCUUCUCAUGCAGAGUACGCAACUCAGAACCAUGAAAAAAAACUUGCCAUGCUUGGCAGCGCAUUGCAGUGAGCUCACUAUUCCCUUCCUUGCAUCACAAGUUUCCAGACCCAGACCUUUUUGCAUUUGAUACCUACCCAAAAAUAGCAAGACUACUGCCGAAGGGUAUCCGCGGCCACUUUGAAAUUUGUCACGCCCAGUAUGAAGGUACGACCCCCCCCCACAAAAUGGCCACGCUUGGCCAUUUACUUUUUUGGUUCCGAAAGGGGUAUCGCGCUUUUACUUUGCCCAAAGCCAAGCAGUGCUCUUGAAUGCUGGUUCAUAUGGGCCGGGGGCUCUUGAAUGCUGGCCACAAGAAGGAGUCACAUCCAUGAUUACUUGUUACUUAUUAGCAUUACAAAUUUGGGCAAUAGCCACAGCUAGGGCGACAACAGCUGCAGGCGGAGCACUACGCAAGAUGCUGGGCAUUUGUAGUGCCUGUUGGAGGAGUUUCACAGCAGUGGUAUCGUCUGUGAAUGCUGCAAUAAGUGGCAAGCGGGGAAGAUGGUUCAACGCCUUCAUACAAGGCAUACGCAACCAAGCGAAGCCACCACGCUCGUGCCAUGCUCUCCAAUACGGUUGGAAAUGAUUUACUGAGAGGGCGCGCGCACCCUCUGUGUAUAGGCUAUUUGCUUCCAAAAUUUCCGGCGCAUGUUCGUCAAGCGUCGGCCUUUCGCGUCACCAAAUCAGCGACAAAUUAGCGAGCUCAGAAAUGUGGUAAAGGAUGGGCAGGCUUUGGCAGCUAAUUCCCAUGCUAGAGGCCCACCAUCCCUCGUGGGGGGGGGGGGGCGCGUUUUUUUUUUUUUUUGUGUGGGGAUUGCCCCAUAGCAUGGGGGUUACUUGGUGUAAGUUACUGCAUUUUUAGCCUGGCAAAUCGGGCCUGUCGCAUGCAGUCUGGCUCAAAGGAAAUGAGCCAAAAGGGGCCGCUCCUCCUGAUCCAGUUCUCUUACCUUUUGUCCGCGAAGUCGGCAACUUUUUCAUCUCGAAAUGUGCAAAUCUCAAAAAAGCAAAAGGAGUGGCCAUGUUUUGAAGGCUAACCCCGACGUAAUGGGCCUGCUUGCUUCCUCUUAUGAGGGUGAGUACUCCUGUCGGGGAUUGAGUCCUUGGCAUGUAGAUUAGCGAUGGAGACGUGCUGCCGAGAGCCUUUUUUGCCGGCGGGGCUGGAUGGCUAUUUGAGCCCCCAGUCCCGAUUUUAUGAUGCCGAUCCAGGUGUUCCGAAAGACCUCCCAGGUGGUGUCGCUGUUAGUUCUCGUUCUGCCUCGUCACUUUUGGGCCAUAGCUGGCCACGUUUCACAGGCAAAACACCAUUUCAGAUGGUCACUCCCCCUCACGAGUGGGGCUGCCUUUUCCGCCUGGCUAGUUCCGCCCCCGGGGACCUUUCUUCGCACAAAACGCAACGUAAUAGAUGCUGCUGAUUUAAACUCUUAACAGGCCCGGACAAUAAAGCGCGCUACUUGGUAACAUAAAAGCCCAUGCUUUGCCAACCAAAUAAGUAUCGAAGCGAGGUCAUUUGGAGGGGGGGAUGUACUCUCUCAUACGCACGAAGAUACAUUUAUGGAACUCUCAGGAUCGAAAUCGUCAAAGCCGAAACGGUUGGCCAUGCAUAAAAUGGAUGCCAUUUGCAACCCAGUUGCCAAGCAGCGCAUGACAAGUUUGGGUAGAGCCGAGAUCCAGCCUGUGUCUGGCUUGCUGUUUAGGUAAGGAAUACGUCUUUUGUCAUGCAACUUUAGCAGCCCCAAUUCUACCCCUCAACAGCCUUACAAUCUUCCUACCUUGCUUACUCUGCAAGACAGGCACUUGGUGGGUUGCAUUUUAUGCAUAGCAAAUCAUUUCAACUUUACCGAUUUCGAUCCUGACACACCCAUAACGUUCUUUGUUCCUGACACUCCGCGGCUACGGCGCGCUGUCAAGAAGGCCAUUACGGUGGCUGGGUCCCUAUGCGGUGCAGUUGUGUCGGGGUCUGGAAGGGUGCAACUUGUGGUGCUGUCUUUGGAUUCUAGUAAAAUUUGUCUUGCGUGAUCAGGAAGACGGGCCCGGCUGGUGCUAUGCGGAGAGAGCGUGUCUCAUGCGGGAUAGGCAUCAAGGAGGCCGCAGGAAAUCUGUGGUGCUAGAGCGUACAGCACAGAUAUCAUGGAUGAUGCAAAUUGUGCAUGACAGACUUGGGCUCUUCCACACCCAGACAUAGUCGCCGUUGAUAAUCAAAAAGAACCGGGCCGGGUGCAUAUAUGUACUACAAAAUGGUGGAAGAGCUGGAAGGGAUCACCGCGCUCCAUAUCCUGGUCAAAAACCCCAGCCCGAGACAUGUCAUGGUGUAACUCUGCGCCGCCCGCGGAUGCGGCUCCCGGUACAAUUGCAGUUCGCGGCCUUGUCGUGCGUGCCCAAACUGACGAGGGGCUUCAGUCGGUUUUGCUUCGCGACCCAAGAAGCCACGCGCGCGGCAGCGCUAUCGUCGCCGUUCUGCGUUGCCCCCGGGCCGCCCUUUGAGAGCUCUACUGGAGCAGGAAAGCUUGCUUGCGUCUGACAUGGAUUUAGUCGCGCUUUGGUGUGCUACUGUGUCCCUGGCACGGGCGCACCCGGCGCCUCGCACGAGGUCCUGAUCCCUAAUAGCUAGGAGGCUCUCGCGCUUCUUUUGUUGUUACGGGGAUCACGAUCGCGUAGUGGUUGCAGUUAGGCGUGCAUUUGAUGCGCGACUCCAAGAUUCUGGCUUUCUCCUUCGCGAAAGUCGAGAAGCAACGCUUAGGCGGACGACCUGCACAGAACUAGAACAGCAGUCGCCUCUUUACGCUUCUUCUUGGCGCGACCGCGGCGUCUAUAUCGAAGUUUUAGCUUAGGCCAACUGAAGCGAUCGGCGAACGGGGUGGCUUCGUCAAACAGGGGCGCACGUCUUGAGCAACGGGGGCACAAUGACUUGCACUAGGACAACCGCUUGGAAGGACCAGCUGCGCAAGGAGGGACGCAGGGGAAGGUCCGCGCCAGCCAGAUGGGAUGGUAGUGGUACACGACUUGCUGGACGGGGUAGCGCAGCAGUUUUUGCAUUUUGGCUCAACUGUUUUUGAGUGUAUGUAUUUUUAGAUUUAUUCCUUCGUUGCAGAGUCACGAAGGUGUUGGCGCGUUUUGGAGUUUGGAAUCUUUCUGAGGUCUUCACACGCUUACCGAGUCACACGUGUGGCAUCAUGGUAGUUGUCAUGUCCGCACUAUGCCUGGUGCUGGUUCACCAUGUACCUGAGUACGCAUAACGCUGGAACACCACGAGGAGUAGGCGUUACUCGGGAUCGAUCGUCACCGUAGUGCGUCCCAGGUAUCCUCGGUGCAUCCGGCGUUUCACAAUUAAGUAUUAGGAUCUGAUCAAUGGCGACACGUAGGCCGUAAAGGUCGCCCUAGUGGUUGGGGCGGAUAGGGAAAGUUAGUCUGACUCACAAGAUAGGUUCUGGAUUAUUGUGAGUAGCAAAAUUGAGUACGAUAAAUUGGGUGGGUAAGUUUUUGAACAGGAUAAAAGCAGCGGCCACGACCUGCGCACAAGAUUUGCUGCACGCAUGCGUAUCAAAUGUAAAAAUGUCUGAGUCUGGAAGCUUGGCAGGUUUGUCAUGCAUAUUUUGGAAGACUCAUGAUGUCUGUGAUGCAUGCUCUAGCAUGACAGAUUUUUAAAGGCCUUUGCGAUGCCUCUACCGCAUGAGAAAUGCCCUCUCCGGGUAGCACAAACUGGAGUUCUGACGCCGGUCAUGCAAUGCAAAUUUUUUUAUAGAAUCCAGAGACAGCAUCACAAGUUUAGAAUCUUCUAGACCCAGACAUUUUUACAAUUGAUACUGCGGGGCACUAAACAACUCCUACGCCCGUGCCGUACAAGGCCAAGUCACAGACCGCGUGACGCCAUUUGGCAAAGUCUUCGCAAGAGCGCUGAGUAUUGUUACUUUGUGCGCUCUUCUAUUUUUCAUCUUCUCGCGGUCGGGUAGUUAUGCUUUCAUGCGCGCAACAUAAACGAGCGGAGAAGGAUGUCAUGCGUGAAAAAAAAAAAUUACUGCAGGAGUCGAGCUAAGGGCGGCCAUUAUGAGACUGCACCGCCCCCCCUUCUCUUCAAAGUCACCGCCUCGGGCUGUGCACUUCGUCACGAAAAAAUGGAAACCAAGUAUGUAAAGCGCUGCGCUUUUGUUUCUCAAAUAGCGGAAGUAUUAGAUGUUUCGGGGUAUGUUGAUUGGCGCCACCUCAUUGGGGAUGGGCGCAGGAAUGCGACUGAGCUAGCAAUCCGCCCAAGCCCCCAAGUGCGCAGGGUGCUCCUCUUCAUAUUGAGGCAGGACCGCCCCCUACCGCGGUGUCUCGCUUCAAAAGUGAGGCCAGUUUGGGUCUAUCCCUUGGGAUUUAUUGGGCGACGCUCUGCCUCGAGCAUGUCGAUCUCAACGAUUCACCCAUUUUGAGGCCAGAAAGAGCAUGACUUGGAUGAGGGCAAGCCCCGCUUGAUAGCCCACUCUUUGUGCUCCAGGCUUCGCAGCAUGGCCUCGAUUUGCGCGUCCAAAAGUGCGGCUAGUUUGCGAAACUGAUCGCAUUUUUAUCGCCCCCUGCAGGGGCUCCGUGUCGUGCAGUCUAGCGUCAAAAAUUGCAUUGACGUUUCUGCAUCUCCGCCUCACCUCAGGUGGCAACGCCUCUUCCAAAGCGGCAUCGUCCACUGCCUUCCUUUUUUUGGCCUCAUUUCUGAAGUCGUUGACCCCAUGCCUUCGACGAGGCCGCAAAACUUCAGUAUUUGGCGAGCAUUUCCUGAACAUCAAUGGAACUGAACAGUCCACAGGCAGAAUCAGACCGAGAAACUAAAUGUCGUCUGCCUCUGCGUGAUGUACGGGUAAUCUUUUGUGGGGUGACGAAAGGAAGCAACGUUUUGCCCGUUGGUUGGUAAACAUUGCCAGGGCCACCAGGUGGCUCGAUGGAAACUGCAUGUGAAUGCGGCACAAAAAAAAACAGCGCGCAUCGACAGUAUGUGCUAGGCAAAAGAAGCAGAAUUUGACCACCGAAGGAUGCGGAACGUGGUGCCUAACAGAUACGGUAGUAUUGCUCGAGGUGGUGACUUCGCGGGGGAGGCGGGUGGUGCAGUUCCAUAGCAGUGACGCGGAGUCUAUCCUGGGCAAAGACAAACCACCCCAUAGUUGUCUUUUGCCGAAACAUCUGUAAUGCGCAUCCGCAUAAGAGGGAUUUGUAUUCGGAUUCUGGGACUUGUAAUGCUUUCAACAGGAUAGACAAGCAUCUUUAUGAUGCGGCUGUUCAUGCUAACCAGGGCGGCGCUGCAGGUAGAAACUUGUCAUGCACAUCAUCCAAAAGUUAAAGCAAAGGCUUCUUGUGUUGCAGAUUUUGAUUUACUAUCGGGUGGGGAUCUUUUUGCUCAGGAUAUACCAAACACAAGAGGUGGUUCGGGAGGCGUUUGCUGUCGAAGUUGCUCAGGUCCACGGCCCACCUGUCUACAGAGAUGUCCCAGCUGUCUCCAGAGGUGCAGGGCACUGCCUUACUUGUGGCGCUUUGGGUAUCGGAAAAAAAGCCAGGGCCGCCCCAUCUUCCUCCGUAAAUAAUUGCACCGCGCGCCGUGGUGGUGACAAAAUAAACGAGCCGUCUUGCAGCUUUGCCUCUCGGGGCACAGGAGUCCGCUUGGCUUUCUAGCACACGAGCGGAGGGCCUCCGCUCGAUGCCGUCCUAGACCGCCCCUGGGAUUUCUGUGCCCAGCUGCCUGGGGCAUUUCUCCGCCCACAGCGAGUUCUUUAGUUGCUCAACACAACGAUAAAGCGCGACGGCUUCUUCGCCAGGUGAAGUUGUUGCGUCGCUUUUCACGUGCUUGCCUGCACAGUUUUGCUGAAUCCGUCACGCGACAGGCUCGACCAGACGAGUCUCUUUGCUCUUCGGACAGUGCAACUUACUCUAUGGGAUGCGCUUGCCCGUCUAGGAUUUUGUUUUUGGCCUACUCGGCCGUUCUCGCUUUUGCUUCGGGGUCUGCUCGCUUUGCUGCGAGCGGGUGCGUGGUUUGUUUAGUGCUUCACGAACACGUCUGUUCGUUCCGGCGUCGCUUUGCGAAGGACGGCGGCAGCCCUUUGGGUUGUAGAUUGUUUCACGUUGUUGUGAAAGACCUCAUGGGAAGAAAGAUCGACUUGCGGUCUUCGCUGGCAUGGAAUGUCGUUAAAGAGUACCCUUGCAGUUGGAGUCACGAUUUGCAUCGACAAUGCUGUUGCAGUGCUUGUACUUGUUUUAGGUCGUGCUAUGUACAUUAUAUAUUUUCUCUUGACACUGUCUAGCUUAGCACCUCCUGCUCCGCUACAACAAUUUAAAAAUUUUGAUAGUAAUUGAUGACCCCAACAGAGAUGCGCGUUUUGUAAUAUUGUCUUUGGCGCUUCAGUUUCGUUUGCCAAUUCCUGCUGCAUACAACACAUGAGUAGUGUCACAAAAUAUUGAGCAGAACAAGGGCUCCCUCUGUAAGCUUGAACGAACAGUCAAGGUCGCAUGUUAGCUUCUUGUCCUAGAAGAUGUGCCUUAGGCAUUGCUCUCGCUGACGACUUCGCUUCAGCUCUACUGUUGGCUACCGCUGAAGACUUCGCUUCAGCUCUCCCUUAAGUAGUCAGACCGUGCCUGUGACACGUAUCGUCGUGUGGUCCCGUUGCUCAUAUCCUGUGUAGGUGCAAUGAAGUCGAAGUGCACCCAUCAAAACUUUUUGAGAUACUGCCUUGAACCGUCUGACCCCGUCUAACGGUUCUGCGCCGUUCGUUUCGCGGCUUCGCUGAGUCUACACCAUUUUUCUUUGCUGUGCACAUCGAAAUCUAAGGUAACAUCGCUAUAUUUCUUACUUGCCAGCAGUGCAAUUAUUUUCGGACGUGGUACUAGGGCGCGCCUUUCAUGAGGAUACUCCGAGAUGCGAACGGAUAUCAUUAGCAAAAACCUCUCCGCCACAGAGUCAAGAUAGCAAAUCUGCUAGACAAAUCAGCCAGCUUUGGGUGUUCUGCAUGACAGGUUUGGUCUCGUAGUGUCAUCCUCUUUAGCUAUUUUAGCAGCAUCAAAGAUCUAGCAUGUCAUGCCGAUUGGAGUAUCGCAAAUUCCAAAACGCAAGGAAAUCACUCUUCUCGUGGGGCUCCGCCCGAGAAGUUUUGGAAGCAUCAUGCAGAUUUGUAGGACAAAUUUGGGGUGGGGACGUUUUUACAUAGGAUAGCGAAAGGCUUACCGUACUGUCAAUACGAGGAGAGUAUUAGUGCGGCGCAGAACGACGAGGGUAAGUAUUGGUGCGUAUAGUGUUCUUUGUUGGCAUGCCAUGCGAUGGAACAUGCGUCCACUGACGAUUAGGACUAACUUUUAUUAAAAAUAGAACAACAUCAAAUCUACUCCCAGGUGCACAGGCUGAACCACUACUGGGGAUUGGCGUAAUCCCUCCGAUGGAGGACGAGGAGGACUCGUUCCUGGCCCCGCAAGAACGUGAACCGUCGCUGUCAUCCAUCGAGGAUGACGACGACGAUGAUGACGACCACGACGUCAACAAGCCGAGCGACGAGCAGGAGGUGGAGAGCAGGGAGGAAAAAGCCAACCUCGAGGACGUGCAGGUGGAGUUAGACCUGCGGUUCCGUUGUGCGCAGGUGGUCAUUCCGACUAUGCCGCGACCGGUGUUCACGCCGCUGACCCGGGUGAUGUUGCAGCGGACUCCGCUGACCAUUCCGGUGCGCACUCUCCAGCUGCCACCGCUCCAGCCCAUUCGGCUGGUUCCUGUGUCGCUGCUGAUCCCAAAACGACAGGACAAUCAUACGAAUGGAAACACAGCCGUGUAAAAAGUUUCUACAGAAAACUUCAAUUUGAUUUUACAUUGCAACAUAAAAAAUUUCUACAAACAUUUUUGGCACAAGAUCGAGUUUUUUGAAGAAAAUCAGUGACAGGAAGUC